CCUCGCGAAUUUUCUGCAGUGCGACGAGUAUCUCUGUAUAUUUAUGUAUGAUAAUAUAUACACACACGUAUGAUCCGAUGUAUACAUGAUUAAUUGAUAAUACGAUAUUUUAUUGAUAUCGAAUAAUAACAACCGUUACUACUAACGUUUCGAACGCCGCACCGUAUUCGAGUCCGUUGAUCGUGUGUGCGUGUGUGUACCGCGGGUGCGCGUGUGUGUCUUCGACGCCGCUCCGAUUUUUUGUUUAAAAAAAUUACAAUAACAAAAAGAACGAGAGCGAGCGCGGUCGUAGUAGCGCUGGGGCUCUCCGUUCGCUGCCGCAAUUUCGAAUGAUAAAAGUUUUUUCAAAAAAAAAUAUAAUCCAACCGACCAUUGAUAAUCUCAGCAGUGCGCGUGUGUGCGGGGGCCAAUAGUUAUUUUUUAUCGUUGUGCAAAAAGUGGGUGUUUUGAUUGUUCGUUUCUAUACAUAUCGGUUCGCUUCGUCCGGUUGCCGUUGUGACACGCCGCGUUCGAUAAUACACACGAUAUAAAAUACAAAGUUUUGAAAUCGUCCACGGCCGUGUGUUGUUGUUGUUGUUGUGCUCCGUUAUCGACGAAGAUCCAUUAGAAACAAAAAUCCGCCCGCCUGCGCGCGGCAUGGAUGGUAUUGUUUUUUAAGCGCGCCGUCUGCGAAGAAAUCGAAAUGGUCGAACUGAACGGCAGCAGCAAUUCGUCGGGCGUCGGAGCGGCGGCUGCGGCUUCGGCCGCGGCUGCGUCCUCGGCCUCCAGUCAAUCCUUCAACAACCAUCAUCAUCUCCAGCACAAUCUGCAGCACCUGCCGCAGAGCUAUCACCAUCAUCAGGGCCUCGCGGCGAUGAUGGGCCUGUCCUCGGUGAUGUCGGCGGGCGGCGGCGGUGCCUCGUCGGCGGGCUCGUCGUCCUCGUCGGCCGCCACAGCCUCGUCCUCGAUCUCCAGUCGGGCCGGCGUGCUGGAGACGCAGGUGCGCGGCCAGUGGUAUCGCGUCUACGUCUCCCUCGAGGACGACUACCUGAGCAUAUCGCUGGACGAGAGCUGCGACAGCUCGGGCAGCCAAGCCUCGUCCAUCGGCGACGGCGCAUCCACCGCUACGGCCGGCAGCAGCGGCGGUGGAAAUAACGGCUUGAGCAAUGGAAACAGCAGUUUGGGAGCUGCUGCCGCCUCGAGCACUUCGAACAACAACAACAACAACAGCGCCGGGGACAGCUGCUGCCUCGGCGAUCCGGACGUGCCCGACUCGGUGGCCAAUCAGAAGCGUACCGUGCGCGUCGUGAAAAGUGACAACAACGGCCUCGGCAUAUCCAUCAAGGGCGGCAAGGAGAACAAAAUGCCCAUACUGAUAUCCAAGAUAUUCAAGGGCAUGGCGGCGGACCUGACGGAGCAGCUGUACGUCGGCGACGCCAUACUGGCCGUCAACGGCGAGGAUCUGCGCGAGGCCACCCACGACGAGGCCGUCAAGGCGCUCAAGAGGGCCGGCAAAGUCGUCGAACUCGAAGUGAAAUAUCUGCGCGAGGUGACGCCGUACUUUCGCAAGGCGUCGAUCAUCCAGGAGGUCGGCUGGGAGCUGCAGCGCGGCUUUCUGAGCGCGACGCCGCCGCCGCCCAAGUCGCCGCCGCGCGCCGACACGAGAUACCUGCCGCUGCAGCUCUGCAGGCUUACCAGGUCUCAUCCGUCUGUCGAUCCAGAGGGUCGCGUGCUGGAGCUGCACUCGCCAGACGGCGUGCACGAGUGCUGGCUGCGCGCCUCCGACAGCGCCGAGGCCAACGUCUGGUUCAACGCGCUGCACUCGGCGCUAGCCGCGCUCACCCACAAGGCGCUGAGGCUGGCGUCGGCGCUGCCCGAUCCGCCCCAGCUGCAACACAUCGGCUGGCUGGCCAGGCGGCACUGCAUACAGAACGGCCGUGCCAACAGCGAGAGCAGCGACGACGGUGGCGGCGUCAACGUCGCGGGCGCGUCCGCGCGCCUCUACGGCACCACCAGCGGCAUGAGCAUGAGCGGGGGCGGCGGCAGCAAUUGCGCCGGUGGCUGGCGCAGCGUGUUCGCCGCGGUGUCGGGCCGCGAGCUCAGGCUGUACGAGUGCGCGCCCUGGAGCCCGGAGGCCUGGGCGUCGCCGAGCAUCACCUGUCCCCUCAUCGCCACGAGGCUAGUCUCGUCGACGACCACGACCACCAAUAAUGCGAAGCAGCAGCCGCAGCCCGAGGGAGCAGCUUGCAGCAGCAUCACUACUGGUAGCCAGCAGCAGCAGCAGUACGGAGCCACGUUCGCGGUGCGCGUCGGCACGAUCGACGGCGUGAUCACGCACAAUCUGCGCGCCGAGACGAGGCGCGACCUCGCCGCCUGGGCGCGCGCCAUCGUCCAGGGCUGCCACGCGGCUGCCCACUCGCUCAGAGAGUACACAGUUCGCUGCUUAUGGCAAGGCAAACCGUGUCAAUUGGUCGUGCAUCACGAGGAGGGCUUCGCGCUCUACGCGGCGGGUACGCGUGCCACCAACGGCCUCGUCGCCGGCUCGGCCGCGACGCUGGGCGGCCACCAGCCCCUCUGGCGGCGAUCCUUCGACAAGCUCAGAAUGUCCGCCGACGACGGCACGAGAUUGCUCUGGCUGGACUUCAUCGGUGAUGAUACGGAAAUCGAAUUGGAUCUGGAAAGCUGUCCAAAGCCGAUAGUCUUCGUGCUGCACAACUUUCUGUCGGCCAAAAUCCAUCGGCUCGGCUUGAGCGCAUAGGGGUACGAGGGGGCCCUGCCCGAGGCCCCCGAUCUGCCGCCCCACACCACCCGAGCUGUCACGAGCGUCUAUCUUCAUUGAUGCGAUCCACACGACGCACGUCGCCAACAACUCUCUCCAUUGACAUUCCAAAAUCAAAAUUAGCUCUUAAGAUCCUCGCGAGUGUAUCUUCGGUAAAAAAAAAAUGAUUAAAACAAAAAAAAAAUAUUA